AUGGGGCCCAGCAUCCUCGCGCGAGGCCUUCGGCUCCUCACGUGGUCGGUGCUUUUCGCUACCGGAACCGUUUCUCGCUCUGCAACGGCGGAAAGGCUGGAGGAGGUCGAGCAGGUGGACUUGCUUCAACGGAACUUGGAACUCCAAAACUCCCCUCUGGAGCGACGCCGCAAGGCGUCACCCAUGUUCUGGCUCCAUAUCCCCAAGUGCGGCACCAGCUUUGCCAAUACAGUGAUGCACCUGCCACAGAUGUGCCCUGGGCUGAAGGAGAAUGUGAGUUUGGGAGAUGUGGAGAUUUGGAGUGAAUGCUUCGAGGUCGCUUUCUGGAAGUUAUGCCCAACCCUUUGUGACCAAAGCUUGGUUCACUGCAAUAGAUGGCCAGACGGAGAAGGCUUCACAGGCAUUCAUCAACUCUUGACAGAUGAGAAGUACUCGAAACACAAGGGUCACUUGGUCGCGCUCUUUCGUCAGCCGGAGCAGCGCUUGCUCUCCGCCUACUAUGAUGACAGAGAACUCUUUCGUACGACCGAUUUCGUCUGUUCUUGCUGCGACAAGAGCAAGUACAACACCGAUGAACUGUCGAUGGAGGCCUUCAUCCAAACAUGGGGCAGCUGGGAAACAGGCCAGUUGGUGGGAAAGGAUGCGAGCAAAGAGCAGUUGAGCUUGGCAGAUGUGGCUAAAGCCUUGGAGCGCUUGGAAGAUGGAUUCGCAUUUGUGGGUUUGCAAGAGGAAUGGGAGCUCUCAGUUUGUCUCUUCCACACCAAGUUCGGUGGGCCCUGCCUUGCCGUGGACUUCGAUGACAUCCGCCCCACACGCGGCCAAAACUCCUCCACCUACGACGUCCAUGUUCUGAACGGCUGGACCGAUGAUUUUGAUCGCAAGGUCUAUGCGAAGGCGAAGAACAUCUUUGAAAGCGACCUGCUGAAAUUCGGGGUCUCCCAUGAGACUUGCAAAGCAUGUUACGAAGAGGCAGGCUUGGAAUGGCAGGAUUGA